GGUGAGGGGAUAUCAAGAGUGUUGCAGUUCAUCUUCUGGUCUCUAGAUGAGCAACAACACAAGCCUGGCUGCACACCGAGCAGGAUCAGCAAGUGCAGAUAGCUUCAAACUAACGCUAGCUAUCACAACAUCAUUAACCCCAGUCUGAGGCUGUAAUCAGUCAUCAGUUUGGUAGCUGGUUCGAGGCUGGCUCCACUGGUCAAACAUGCAGAAAUAUGAAAAGCUUGAAAAAAUCGGAGAGGGCACUUACGGCACAGUUUUCAAGGCUAAAAACAGAGAAACCCACGAAAUUGUGGCGUUGAAAAGGGUGAGGCUCGACGACGACGAUGAGGGGGUGCCCAGCUCUGCUCUGAGAGAAAUCUGUCUUCUGAAGGAACUAAAGCAUAAAAACAUUGUCAGACUACAUGAUGUUUUGCACAGUGACAAGAAGUUAACCUUGGUUUUUGAAUAUUGUGAUCAGGAUUUGAAGAAGUAUUUUGACAGCUGCAAUGGGGAUCUAGACCCCGAAACUGUGAAGUCAUUCAUGUACCAGCUGUUGAAAGGCCUUGCCUUCUGUCACAGUCGAAACGUUCUACAUAGAGAUCUGAAGCCGCAGAAUCUCCUCAUCAACAGAAACGGAGAGCUGAAGCUGGCUGACUUUGGGUUGGCUCGAGCCUUUGGCAUUCCUGUGAGGUGUUACUCAGCAGAGGUGGUGACCUUGUGGUACCGGCCUCCAGAUGUGCUGUUUGGUGCUAAACUUUAUUCUACCUCAAUUGACAUGUGGUCCGCUGGAUGCAUAUUUGCAGAGCUGGCUAAUGCUGGAAGGCCUUUAUUCCCUGGGAAUGAUGUGGACGACCAGCUGAAAAGAAUCUUCAGAUUGUUGGGUACGCCAACUGAAGAACAGUGGCAGACAAUGACCAAACUCCCCGACUACAAGCCAUAUCCCAUGUAUCCAGCCACCACUUCCCUGGUGAAUGUGGUCCCCAAACUAAGUAGCACAGGACGGGAUCUACUCCAGAACCUGUUGAAAUGCAAUCCUGUCCAGAGGAUCUCUGCAGAGGAGGCCUUGCAACACCCUUACUUUGCUGAUUUCUGCCCACCCUAAAUGCUAAAUUGCCUCUCGGUGAACCUCAGCCGCCAGAACCAAUCAUCCUUCACUCUGUUGGUUUCAUUAGGACCAGUCCCAACAAGGCAGAUCCCUCUCCGGUUUUCAAAGACUCCCCUGCAAAUCAUUCUGUUGUGCCUCUAUGUGGAACAAAGUCCUAUUGGAUCUGCAAGGUUUUAGGUUGUUUUAAGUUGCGAGCUAGUUUAAUUUGGUACAUAUACACCUCGUGGCUAAUUAGCACUAACGUGGGAGGGUGCACUAUGUGUUGAAUUGAAUACAUUUUAUACCUGCAGAAAUGGUUCUUCACAGGAGGCCUCUCUCAUCCAAGAGAACCAAUUUAACAUGUGCUGGCUAUUUCUGACUUUUAAAUAGUUGACCAUGAAUGAACAAAAGCCCUUUGAAUCUGUGGUGAUCUGAAUCUAAAAUUCAAAGUGUUAGCACACACUGCGACAGGUACCCAAACAGCCUUUCUAACCUAAUGGUUUUUGUUCCUGUUGGAAUGGGUUUUGCAAAGCAGUUUUGCCAACGGGCUUCCAUUAAGAGAAGUCUUAACAUGGGGGGGGGGGACUGUAGCCCGAUCAGUAAUGGAGUUUUGAGGCUAAUACCAUUAAUGAUAUUUUAAGAGUUAAAAAAUCUGAUAACAAUAUAUCUGCUAAUAUUCGUUUUCUAUAAAUAAUAAAAUAAUAAACAUUUAUUUAUUGACAAAGAUACAUGUGUACUGACUGGGGUAUUUUACAGUUGAAAAAUAAUCUUGUAAGUGAACACAGCUGGACGGACUGUAAUUGAGACACUUUCUAAAUGAUCUAAAACAUACCUUUGGCAUUUUGGGACUGAAGCCUGUAGUUACUUUAUUGGCUGCGAUAUAUGCUGGUACUGAUAAAUUGGUGAUAAGUUAGUAUCUGUGGAUAUUUUGGCUGCAGUGGAGACCACAGAUUCCUGGGGCAGCUACAAAGUCACUAUUUAAAAAUAAGUUAAACUAAUGUGCCAGUUUUAGAAUCACAAGAGACAGAUUUUUUUUUUUUUUUUAUUAAAAAGGAUUAAGUCAAUGUUACCCUCUUUUUAGGCUUGUGUGUUGUUUGUAUACCGCUGUAUUUAAUAGGUUGGUUUAAUUUGGUUGGUUUAUUAUUUCCUUAGAGGUUUCCCGGUUAGAACUAUGUCAUUUGGCAUUAAUGACAGGAGAAACACUGAAGGAAUUUCUUUGAAAUAACUCAUUCAUUUAUUAGCAGAAACUUUUCCCCCUCAUUUUCAAAAUCAUGUUUUUUUUCUUCACACGGAAUUCACAUUAUAGCUCUUUAGGGUACACAAGCUGUUAAUCAGAAUUGAUUGAUUUUAACCGUACUAAAUGAACACUGUCUCCAUUGGAUUUUCCUUAUAAUUAGAACGUACAAUUAGGACCAAGUUACAUACCCUUUUCCUGGAAACAUCCUUGGAAAUAUAGAAAUGUGUUACUGUUAUUUAAUUUUUUAAAAUAAACUUUAGAGCAGAACAGACCACACACUUCCAUUUCAACAGUACAACUUUUUGUCCCACUAUUACAAGAUUGUAAAAUAGCAUGUGAAGCUAAUUUAUAGUUUUCUUUUUUCUCAGGCUUUUUAUUUCCCUUUUUGUAUUUCUCUUUUGUGCACUUUGUAACUGACAAUUUUAUUUUAAAUCGUUUAGUUAUCAAUAUUAUUAAAUAUGUUGAACACUGACAGCCAGGAUUAUAGCCGGUUAUCAAUAAAUGGGCAUAUAUAAUAUAUAUUAUAUGAUAUAUAUAUAAUAUAUAAUAUAUAUAUUGAGACUAGUGGACCAUUUGUGACACAUUGCUAUUUUUUCACAUCGUUUUUAUCCUUACUAUAAUGCUUUGUUUUUCUGAAACACCUUUGUAAAAGUUAAGUUAGAGAGAUGAAAAAAUGCAGAUCAUUUACUGAUAAUCUGUAUUUUAAUAUAAUGAUUGUUUUGCACCAUUAUCUGUUUCCAUUUUGGUUACUUAUUGUGUUAACAUGGUUAACAGCUUGCAGUGUUAUUUUACUUCAGAUUAUUACAGUGCUAAUUAUCCCAUAAAAGCCUCCAUAAUGAGUUGUUUGAAGUAGCUGUCUCAGUAGGGAAAGGAUUUAUUUUCACUUUUCUGAUGUAAGACAAGAUAAUGGAUGCAUGUAUUUAUUGAUGAUGGAAUGUCUGCCUUUUUUUUUUUUCUUUUUUUUUUUUUGCAUUUGUUUAAAUGUAGCAAAACUUCAUUGGGUACAGAAACUCCUUUUGAAUGACUUAAAUAAUACUCAGAUCCAUAGUAUUUAGCAGGCUCUCUUUACAAUUAAAAAUGUUGAAGGUUGUUAUAAAGAAAAAACACAAGCAUUUGCUCUCAAUAUUUCAUUAUCUUGUGAUGACAGGACAUUUCAAACUGCUGUAGAGUUACUUUAUAAAGCCUAACUUUUAAUUUUAAAUGAAGAAUGGAUUUUGCACUUUGCUAGUAUCUUUGCUUUUGUUGGUAGAACUUGGGAUGAAUAUUGUCACUUAUUCUUUUUGUGUAUAUUUCAGCCAGUAAGACUCGGUAUUCAGUAAAGUCGACAUAAAUACAUGUUUGCUUUUGAGAUUGGAAGUUCAUUCUUGCCCUUGGAAACUGUAGCUGACAAAGUAAUCUCACCACAGGGUCCAUUUAGUAGCUGCUCUGGAGCUUUCAGUCAAAUCCGUGACAAGUGGGCAAACUCUGUCUGCUGAGGAAGAUUGAGAUAUGAUCAAAAGCUCCAGAACAGCUACUAAAUGAAACAUGUUGUAAGAUUGUUUAGUUAACACUUGCUUUUCGUUCACAAUAUUUUACACAGCUUGCAUAUCAGUAGUCAUCUAAACAACUUCAGCACUUCAGGAGCAGGUCUUUGUUAGGUCUACUUUUGAGUGGUGAUGAUGUUUUAAAUAGUGAAAAAAGUUUGGCGUUAAAU